UUUGUAUCUGGAAACAUCACAGAGGCCAAGUGUGCGGUACCUCGACACCAACGUCUUCCACAAAAAUCCGACAGUCUCCAACACCACCUGCUCCUGCACGGUCAGCACGACCUGCGGCCAGACCCUCCUCUUCACGGCGCUAGCCCUGAGUCUACCCGUCAACAAAACCACCCGCCAGUGCCUGGAGAAGCUGGUGCUAGAGGACCGCCGCAACACCACCUGGCAGACGACCAUCGGCUGUGACCUGGGCACCAACACCAGCGGCAGCGUCGACGACGUUGGAGAAACCCGGAUCUUCGAGUCCAGUUCUAAUGUGGCCAGCGUCAGUCUCGAGCUGCUGGACUCCAACAGCGGCAUCUUGCUGGUCAGAAUUACAGCUUCAGGAGGCGCUGAUGUUGAAGUCCGUUGUGGGCGGACUGCGAAUCAGGACCUGCCAAAGACCAGAAGUGUGUGGAGGACAGGACUACCACAACUACAUCAACCACAGCUACAUCAACAGUCACAACUACAUCAGCAACCACAAUUACGUCAACGCUCUCAACUACAUCGAGAGCUGAAUCCACUUCGACAUCGGCCAUCAAUGAAUGGACGACGACAGAAGACACGACACAAAUCCACACUAGAGACGAUGACUCAUCACAUCAGUCCGAUGGUCAGCAGUUAAGCACAGGUGCGAUUGUUGGAGUGCCGUCGCUCUAGCCAUCGUCUGCAUCAUCUUGUUCUUCCUUCUCUUCCUUGUGUGGCGAAGCAGGAUGAAGAGACAACCGGACAGAGGCGAGGAGAGCUCCUCUGUACAGAUCAACUAUUUCUCUCAGGUGAACCCGCAGUUUGAGGACUCGAAGCAUGUUUACGAUCGCCUAGAAUGCGAGUCACCUCCUUACGAGAAAAUACCUGUGCCAGGUGUCUCUCCGUCAGAUUUGGAUGCAAAAUGACUGACCUCUCCAGGCGCAUUGGAAAAGUCGGAAAUUUUGGGCGACAAUAACGUCUACAAUACUGGUUUUUAUAGAUUUGCUAUGCGAACACCAGAUGAGGAUUGCAAAAAUCCCUGCUUCUCCCUUCUCCUGCACUACAUGUUUCCGCGGUUACUGAAGGCUAAGAUGUACAUACAACUGUCUUAUACAAGACGGGGAAAGUGGAAAGAUAACCAAGGAACACCAACGGGAUCGAUACCCGUAUGGCGCAGCAUGCUUUUCUUGGUAUUUCAUGUAUACUAGAGGACUUAGAGAGUGGGGGGAAAAGAUGCAAGGGAAAACAGGUGGAGGCCAGAGUUCUCUAAUACUUGACCCUCUACUACUUUAAGGUUAUAGGACUACCUUCACUUUUAGUUUGUAGAAAUUUGAACAGUUUUGUGAUGUUGAGUGCAACUUACUUUUUGGGGAUUCUCUUUUCCUUUUGUCGUUUAUUAUGAUCAGAUAUUUUUACAUGUACAACGAACUCAUGAGUACAGUAGUGUCAUACACGAUAUUUUAUGCAAACAAUUUGUAAAGGGGUCAUGCAAUGAAAUUUUAUAUUUCAUACACGUGUUUGACAUUUUGACAUAUUUUAAUUCCAGUAACGCAUCAUUCUUGCUUUAUAUUUAGAGUGUGUGGCGUCUGGGCAGGUGGCUGUGUGUGUGUGUGUUUGUGUUUGUGUGUGUGUGUGUGUGUGCAUGUUUGCGUGCGGGCACUGCAGGGCAAAUCAACAAUCUGACAUAGUCAAGGAUGGCACCGUUUUCUGUAAAUGAUUAUUAUUCUUUGCCCCACCAAUUAUUUCUCUGUUCUCCUGUCAUUGGACCUAUGACAAGAUAGUGGAAUUUCUUGUGCACAAUAAAAGAUUGGUGGUUUGCUGUAUUAACUUACCUGUUCAUAUAAGUGGUUUAGUGAGCUUUCUGUGCAGGCUUUAUGUGUCUACUUGAUGACGGUGUGUCCACGAAGAAGCAAUGGAGUUAAGUGCUGUCUUCUCGAGUGCGUUGUCUCACUCUCCCGGUUUUUUUUCACCAAAUAUAUUGAGCAUGGCGAUCUAGAAAGACGAGACACUAACCUUAUGCUUAAUAUCACACAGAUCACUCCAGUAUAUCCAUCACCAAUAUAAUUAGUUGAUAAUUAAUGAAUGCUUAAAAUUGUAUUUAUUCUCUAGUGGGACAUCCAAAUAUUUAUUAUUAUAUUUUUUAUUUUCUCUUCAAACUCCGACGACAGACAGGUUUAGUGUAUCAUAAAGUCCUCCAACUAAAUUAUUGCUUAUCUCACUUUGACCUACUCUGAAUCGGUACACGGAAGCAGUUUACCUGGGAUUUUUAUGGGGACAGGCAUUCAAACACAAGAACAGUGUUUGAUCUAAUCAACCGAUGUGGUUUAGUUGCUGCUACCUUGCUGAACAUUCAGAUUACAGAUGAGCCACAUAUUUUGAGCAGUACAGUUUGGACGAAAAAGGAUGAAUUCUGUGAUUUGUUUCAUCAUAGCUGGACUGUGUACUCAGGUCAGCUCACAGUACGGCUGUUUUCUAAACUAUAGUGACAAUUUUCAGUCUCUUGUCGUACCUGAAAAGAUUCAAUCUGGUGACACUUUCCUAACGAUUGUGACUAAUGAUAACAUAACUCUAAAAGAGGAUUCUCUGCUGUUAAUGCCAUUCUUCAUUGAGCUGAAUGUUGUGUCCCUAGACGAUGGGGUCUUCACGUUUUCCUUGGUGUCAAAUACUGACGUGACUGAGCUUGACGAAAACAAGACCUUGUGUGAAGUCUCCCGAAUGUGGGGCUUAAAGCUAGUUUGCCAAUCAGUUCCAAACCAUGAGCUGUAUAUCAAUCUGGUGGUGAACUACACUGACGAUUACGAUCCCGUGGUGAAAAAUGGGCUCUCGUUUGAAAUCUUUGAGCUAAUGCCAGUCAACUCUCUAGUCGUAAACCUGGAAAAGAUCGGAGAUUUUUACACGGACCAGGACUGCUCGCUAGGGACACUCGCAAUAUAUUCUAUUCAGGGAGGAGACACAGAUGCAGCCUUUGGGAUGUUUUCUGGCAAAAUAGUUGUCAACAGGUUAAUCUGGUAUCAAAAAGGAGAAACUAAAUUCGAGCUGACAGUAUCCGUCACAACGGGUCAUUAUUAUGACCUUACCGGGAGAAAUGGCUCUGCUACAGUCGUCAUUAACAUUGUUGAUAUCGACGACAAUGACCCACGUUUUGACAAUGCUGUCUAUAUGAUACACGUGCCGGAGGAGAACUCCAAUAUGAUCAAUGUGCCACUUGUGACCUCUCCCCCAGUGUUUGCCUUUGACCAAGACACUGGAAUCAAUGACACCGUCACAUACUCCAUCAACGGAACUAGUGACACCAUCGGCAUUCAAGAUGGAACUGGACUUGUGUGGGUAACACGUGUGCUGGACCGGGAGGCUGAGCCCUCUGUGAGCGUUAUGAUCAAGGCCAACCAGGUGCACAACUCUUGGAGGUCGGCGGUUGCCACUCUCCUGGUGGUGGUAGACGACAUCAACGACAAUCACCCAAAGUUUCAGCCAAACAACACGACUCUUAUUACAAUUCCAGAACAUUCCGCAGUAGGCUCCUUCGUGACCAGGGUUCUUGCGCUUGAUGCUGAUAUGGGAGAAAAUGCACUUUUCAAUUAUACACUGGAUUCAGGUCAAAGUGUCUUCAAAAUCCAGUCUGAUAUUUUGGGAAAUUUGUGGUAUGGCACAAUCACAGUGGGCAAUUCCUCUGCCCUUGACAGAGAAGCAUUGUCUUCUCUGAAUAUCACGGUGUACACUGAAGAAUUCAGGCCUCCACAAGGAGGAGACUGCAGCACUGGGAUGUGUAACAUCACCAUCAGUAUACAGCUAACCGACAUCAACGACAAUGCCCCAGUUUUCACUCCGAAAAAUGGAUCAGUGGUCUUACAUGCCAAUGAGACGGCCGGUCACGUGAUCGCAGUUGUCCGCGCCUCAGAUGAUGAUGAAGGAGUCAAUGCUGAAAUUACCUACAGCUUACAGCCGGAUUCAGUUUUACAGUACUUCAGCAUAAAUUCCACUUCAGGAGCGAUAAGCAUACGUGAGGUUCAGCCCUUCGGAGUGGAUGCAAUGGAACUGCUGGUCAAAGCAACAGACGGAGGCUCUCCCUCAUUGUCUGCAUUUUAUACACUUCGGAUUAUUUUUGAAGAAGGGAUUGGAAUGGCUACUGUAUAUGCACCAGCGAAGACAGACGCUAUAGUAGAAGACAUCGAUAACAUUGAAAGUGUUCUUAGAAAAAUCAUGGGUGUCACGGUUACCAUUUCAAGCGUUCGACAUCUGUCACCCGAUAGCUCAGUUAUAUACAUCAGGGCCCAGCACACGGGUACAGAUCAUCUAUUAACAAGUGAAGAACUUCAAAAGCUGGUUGACGCAAGCUCUGCCGAGAUCGCAUCCCUGUUCCGCCAGAGUGACGAUGAUGAAAAGAAGACUGCCGUAGACGAAUUCAGUCUGCCUGUCAUCGUCCUCAUCGUCGUUGCCGGUAUCCUUCUUCUUGUGCUGGUUGUCGCAAUGGUGGCUAUUGCAAAAAAUCACAAAAGGGCCCAGCGUCAGCGAAAGCGUGAGAGAGCGGCCACUUCAAGUUUUCACCACUACGCUCAGCAUAAUCCUCGACCGGACUCUCCGGUACAUAUUUACAGUUCUAUCUUCUAGGAAGAAUCGACUGUCAAUGCACACAAUUCUACCAAUAAUAAGUGUAUCGGGUGGUGCUGUGGAGACAAAUAUGCCGGUUCUCUAUGAUAGUUUUGCUCACCCUAGCUCUGCCGGUGGCCAGCAGCACAAAUCUUUUAGCCUGAACGUUCUAAACAAUUAAUGAAGCAGGCUGAGGGAGGACAGAACCAGGUCUUUUCCAAGGACACAAGUAGUUCUAGUUUUGUUUCCUUUAAAAUCGAAUUGGGAGUUGAAACCCCAACAGUCAAGUAGGAGUCUUGUUUACACCCUUACUAAUCAAUCAUACAGCAACCUCUGAACACAGGUCAUGGACAUGAGACGGGAUUGCUGCCGAGUUCUGGACCUCUGCCAGCCAAGGGUAUUAAGGAAUUUUGCAUUAGAAUGUUUCGCAGUUACAGGAAUAAGGUUUCCAUCAUACCUGUCAUAAGAACCUGUCCAUGGAUUGCGUAUUCAUGGGUGACGGGCAAGGGAGCUCAACCUUAAAUUGGAAAGUGAUCUUGUUGCCUCUUGAAAACUGAGGUCUCCCAUGAAUUCUGUUCUAGGUCAGAUAAUUUUAAAGUAGACUACCAAAAACGAUGACACGCUCAAAUACAAAUGCAGGCGAUCACAUUGAAGCUUUUUCUUGUUUUUUUAUUAUUUAUCCUGUGACAGCGAAAGUAAAAGUUUCAACCAUCUAUGGCACCAUUGUUGUUAAACAGCUGUGAAUCAAAGACAAAGAGCAUCCUUUACACUGUUAAUGUUACUAUUGUUUACAGUCAUUUAGCCGCUUUUGCUGUAUUAUAAACCACACUGGGGGGAAAAAGUUGGUAAAAAUCAUGUUAUGUUGCUAUGUAUGCAAAUAGUUAAAAAAUGAUUGAUGGAGAGACCUACAUGCGCAAGCUGUUCUGUACACAUCAUACAAAUAUGUGCCCAAUGGUAAGGCAGCCAAAAUGCUAAUAUCAAGCACUAGUGACUGCUACAGCUGGUAAAAACCACAGUUUGUAGCACAAUUUCAAUAUGAAUGAUUCACUUCAAGUUCUUCAAUAUACAUCACUUCGACAAACUAAUCUAUAGUCGAUACUGUUUGUUCUUAUCCUUUAUAAUUAUCUCAUACCUAAAAUGAUGAACUGCACUGCUACCAAGUCUAGUAAACACAGGGAACAUACUGACUGCAGCACUAACAAUCACAAUCUUACUCAUUUCCAUUUAAUCUGAAAUGUUCUUAUCAGGCUGACCAGAAAAAAAUGAUCACAAUCAAAAUGGAUUCAUUGAAUGCCAGUUUUGUUAUUACAAAUAUGGUCUUUAGACAAAUGAUUUGCCCUGCUCCACAAAACAUGCAUUGGCAUGGGGACGGAAAGUGAUGGAAGGGUGCAACAUGCAGAUAUUUCUUCAUCAAGAAUAACAUCAAUGAAACAUUCAUAUCCACUUAAGAAAACAGAAAAUUUUUCCAAAAGAACUGUUCUGGCAAACUUUUGCACAGAAAACCCUUGAGUUGUCCACGUUUAAAAUUAUUAAUAAUAUGAUUCAAAAUACUUCGACAUAAGACUAAAAAAUGCAUGACUUUACUGCCAUAAAUUACAGGGCUAAAAUACACAGUUACAUAGCUUAAUCUUCCUCACAAUUACAGUGUAUUUCUAUAUUUAAAAAAAUUAAUGCAUGUUUCUUCUUAAACACACAAGGGAGCACAGUUUUUGAAAUCUGGAUUAAUAAACAAAAAUGAGCUGGCAAAACAUAAGUGGUUCAUGGGGUGUAAAAAAUAAGGAAUUUUCCACUCGGAAUAGACUUCCACAUCUAAAUUUCCACAGAUAUUAGUCCACAAUUUUACUGUUCUGAACAUCAUUUUCAUUGAUAGUGAGUGACAGUUGAUUGUCUUUUCAAGUU